AUGGGAGGAGAUUGCAAGUACGAGAUCAGGCAGGAAGCGUACGUGAAAUUGGUCCUGCACGCCCUCAAGCACCGCGCCUCGGCCGUCAAUGGCCUCCUCGUCGGCCGCCUCGUUGACGCCGCCGGAAGCGGAUCAGCGGGCGUCCAGAUUGUCGAUGCCGUCCCGCUCUCCCACUCCCAGAUCGGGCUUCUCCCGUCCCUGGAGCUCGCGCUGAUCCAGGUGUGAGUCUUCUCCUUCGGAUCGAACCCUUGCCACUUCGCUCUCCCUCUCCAAUUCCGAUCUCCGUCUGUUUGUUCCUCUUCUCUCGUGUACUUCGGUUGACUUUGCGGGGGGGAAUGGGGGCAGGUGGAGGAGCACUACGGAGCGCAGGACCUGAGCGUCGUCGGGUACUACCAGGCCAAUGAGCGAUUCAAUGACGAGCAGCUAAGCGGGGCUGCCAGGAAGAUUGGCGAUCACAUCUUCCGUUACUUUCCUCGUGCCGCGUUACUCCUGGUGUGCCACUGAGGCCCUCUAGCUCCAUUUUUGGUUCCGUUGCAUGUAUAUUUUUGGACCAGCAUUCUUAUUUACUUUGGUUUCCAUGUGCGCAGUUGAGCAAUAAUUAUCUGGAAGCACUCCUUAAACGCAAGGUUAAUAUCCCGGUUGUGGAGGUAAAUAUCUUCUCUUCCGAAUCUCGGAUUCCAGGUCUAAAGUAGACAGCAGGGACUCACAAUGUGGAUAAAAAAAUAAAAUUUUAUGCAUAAAUGGCGAAAUAUGGUCUCUGGAUGGAGAUGAUGGAUAUGGUGCUUCAGCGUAUGUUAGAGAAAAUACGCACACGUACGUGGACUAUAUAGUUCUUUGAAUUCAAUUUUACGCUACAGUAAUAUAUAGGUUGCUGGAUUUUGUACAUGGUAUUACGGAGCCAUUGAAUUCUCAUUCAUUACGUCAUGUGCCAAAGUCCAAUCGUAGUUCCUGGUAUAGCUCUCAAUGUCCUUGGACCUUGAACUUAAUUUCUAUCAGAAAAUUCUCCAGUCAAGUGCCGUUUAUUUUCCAAAAUUCCCUAAAAAUGGAACUAAACGCCCACGCCUUGCCCUCCUAGCUUAUCCAGAUCACAUCCGAAACACAAAGUAAGGAAAUUAUUCUGUAUGGAAUUAGUAUGAAUUUGGUCCAUUGGGCGCUGCCAGGAAAUUGGUGGUCAGAUGUUCCUAGCAUAAGCAAAACUCUGAUUAGAUUAAUGAAGCUGGCAAAUCAGGUGAACCUUAAUUGCACUUUAUGAGUAUCUAUGUGGGGAUGUCAAUGCUUCUCUGCACCUGUGGUCUGUUGAUGUUUUCUACAGUAUUGCUAAUGUUUUUUCAGUUAAAGGUGCCUGGCAAAACUUUGGGGGUGGGUCGAUCAUCUUUAAUACACUGUUUAACAGUUAUCCCUGUUAAAUUAGGAAUAUAAAAUUCUGGGGUAUUCUUCUUUUUCUCAAUAAAGUGAGAACAGUACAACUUGAAAUUUAGUUGUUGAAGAAUCUGCCAGUUAUUUCCAGAAAGCAGGAAGGAGCAAAAAUCAGUGAGAAAAACUUUUAUAAAUCGGUGAACCACAUGUUUCAAAGUCAGCUGUCGUUGUUCCCUUCAUGCUCUCAACUAAAAAUUAGGUAGCGAAAUGUGAUAAACCUGAUGGCUGUGGGAAAUCCAAACAGAGGAUUGAAUUAUGGAGAAAGGAGAGUCAGUCAAUUGGUAUAUGUCGAACUGGAAGAACUAGACUUUCUGAGCACUCAACAGGGAGGGGAAUUUCUUGUGAGAGAGGUGUGACCUUUAUUUAACAAAGGGCUCAUGGAAGAAAAAUGUCAACGGUCACAGUAUCAACUGUAUCUGAAUUUGAGUGGCCUCGGAUCUGAGGUAAGGAAUCUAUGCGCUGAAAUGAAAUAGAUGAUAGAUAUAUAUACAUUGAAUGGCAUAUUUAGAUGGGCUAUACACGUCUUCAAAAGGUUGUGUCAAGACUCUAGUGUUAGGCUAGGAAAAAGGUUAUGUUGAGGCAGGGUCAUCUUCAGGGUGGGCAAAAUCAAAGUCUGUGAGCAAUCAGGGGACAUGAACUUCACACUAUAUGUGGGAAAUAUGCGAAGGCAUGAGAGAUUUUUUUGAGAAAAAAUUCUCAAUCCAAAGCUUAGACUGAGUGAAGAUGUGACGAAGUCCUUGGUUGCUGUUAUACUCUUCUACAAUGUAACUGUACCACCCUUGUUCUCCUCAAGUUAUGAGGGGCCUUGGGGCCUUAGAACCUAUUUCAGUUGAAGGAUUGGGGUGUGGUAUCUUCUGAAUGCCAAGAAUAUUUGAUAAAGGAAUAUCCGGGCUGGUGUCAUAACAAAGGAGAAGUUAUCUAGCUAGAUUCAAAUAAAAUUUACACUUGUAAGAAUCUUUUCCUCAGGAGUAAUAUAGAAGUUUUCUCAGUAAUUGCUGUUAUACAUUCUAGAAUAGAGUGGCAUUCCGGGGUGCUUUUCUUUUAAGGGAUGUAAUUGGAUGGUAUUCAGGACUUGAUCGUUGAUGAUGUCUUGUGUAUCUUUGAACCUCUGUAGGGAGUUUCCGCAGUUCAUUUGUCUUAAUGUCCUGCUGAACAAGUAGUGGGAUCUUCCUUAAAUCGUCAGCAAAUAACGUUCGGCAGAUAUCAUAGGAGCUUCUUAGAAUGUAAUUUCUAUUUUUAUAAUUUUCAGCCUGUCUAUGAGCAGUAUGAUGUCUGAUCUUCCAUAGCACAUUAAGUCCCUCACAUAUUUGAUGUGAUUAAAAUAUUUGAUGGAAAUGAUUAAAAUAUUCUUGCUCAACACAAAAAAAGACAUAUUAGAUGUUGAAUUCUUUUUUUGAUGAUCUCCCUUGGGGGUUCUUGUUAACGAAUGUUUAUUUAAUGGUUUCGGUUCGAAGCUUUAUUUUUUCAUACUAGCCUUCUCCAACAAGCUCAACAGCUGCUAUCACUAUAUAUUCUCACGAAGAAGCUAAUAAUAGGCGUCCCUUUAAUAUUCGAACUCCGAAUUCUUUUGUCCUUGUGGUCUUCUUUUCUAAAUAUCAUUUGUUUGGGCUGAACAUAUUCAUCGAUUUCACCCUCAAUAAGAUUUUUUCUGAGCUGGGAAUUCAUCUAUUAUUCGUUUGCUUUGUCUAAAUGGUAGUUAAAUUUAUUCUUGAUCCAAAAAGUGUUAUAAACCACUGAAAUUUUAUAACUGUAACAUUUCCAUUAAACCAUCCUUCCAAUGUUUCAAAUUCUAUCGUUUGCUGAAAUUCUCUGGCAUUGAAAAUAGUUUUCCAUUCUGGAGCCUCAGCAGAAUAAUUUGGGGACCACACGCCUGUUCAUUCCCGUAUCUAUGUAGCUCUAUCAAUUUUCUUCCUGCAGAUUCCUCUCCUACCAGAAAUACCCAUUUAGCAAGAGGAUCUUCUUGAAAAUUUUAAUUUUAACUCCGCCAGUUCCUUUUGCUUGUUGCAUAAUUAAUCUCACUCAGCCAAAUGCCAUCUUUUAUUGGUUUAUGAGCUUGAUUCUAAAAUAGAGUACUUACUUUGACCAAGGGCCUGAGGAUUUGUUCACAUCCUUGUGAAUACUGCCUCCGUGACAUCGACAGAGAAUGGGUAGCUAACAGAUACUGUAUCUUCUAGGAUUAUCUUUCAUUUCUGGCCUCUUCCCUCUUGUUUCUAUAUUCGUUUUGAAAAUAAUUAUUGUCAUAACCAUAUUCUCAAUCAUUUGAUCUUUGAUCUUAAAUGAGUUAUGUUUCAUCUUCUUUUUCUUGAUGGUAGACAUUGCAUGAAACUUAGUUAUCUUUUUGGUCUCCUUUAAAUUGGAAGUUUUUUUCUCUUUUGUCUGCAUCCAAUCUCUUUUCCUAGUGUCUAUCUCUCCCGUAUUAUGUUUUCCAUAAAAACUCCUGCGUCCGUAUCAGUUUCCACCUAAAUACCAAUGUCUUAGAUGCUAUUCAACAUUUAUCUUUUGGCUUAUCUGCUUUUUAAAUCCCCCCUUUUUCCUUUAUCCUUCAGACCCAUCUCAGCUUUAAACAAAGAAUUGGAUUAGGUAACCAAUUUUUGGUGCUACCACCCAAAACUUUUCAAGUGUUUCUUCUUUGCCAAUGUCUUUAUCAAAGUUAUUUGAAACCUAAACUGUCUUGCUCUGUGUGAUGUGGAUGUGUGGACAACGACGAAGGCAUGUGAACAGAUGUAUAUAUAACCUUUGACUUCAGCUGUUAAAAAACCCGUGACCCAUCAAUGAAAAGCAGAAAUUUACACAGCCUCGAGUGGGCAUUGUUCUUCUGAACAUUUGGCUACAUCAAUUUUCUUCCAAGAAGAUGUAGCUUUUUUGAGUUCCCAUGUUGUAUUGCAUUGCUCGAAGAGAUUCUCCUCCUUAUUCCAGUUUUGAUUCCCUUUCCUUUCCCAAGGGAUUCUAAAACGUUUGAAGGCCCGUUUUCCCCAAUAGACUCUUUGUUUGAAUUCGUCUUCUAUACGCGAAACUCUUCUCUAGUGUUAAAAUUAAAGAACCUAUCUUUUGCACAGUUUACUGUCACUCUGUACUUUCCUUUGUUAACAUCGAAUAUUUUCAAAUCUUGUUCAUUACUUUGUACCAGUUGAUCUUCUUAUACUUCUCCGACUCUUUAACCAUUGACUCUGCUUGCUCUCCAUUGUAUUAAUAAGUGGAUCGGAUGUUUUACUCUAUUUUUAUUUGUCAUAGACGAAUAAGAUGGAUCCUGUGGAUCAGUAUUUGAUCUGUCACCAUUCCGACUUAUUCAUAUUCCGUCCAAAUUGUUGAGAAUAUGGAUUGGAUCAAGAAGACAUCUGUAUCUUCUUUUCAAAGCUUUCUUCGAGAAGAGGAAUCACAAUAACAGAAGAUAGUAUUGUGCCAAAGAUCAGUGAAGAAGAUGCAUAAACGCUUAUGCGGAUCUUCUGAAUAGAAUAAAUGGAAGAUAAUGUCUUUAAUCUGAAUGUCUUUUAGGACCUAAUGAUCUUUCUCUCGGUUUUAUUCAGUGUUUAUGAAACAUUGAAUUCGUGGAUGUUGGGGAAGGAUAUGAAAAGAGGUUCUGUAUUGUUCUCAACUCCAUAUUUAUAUGCCACUUAUGUCGAAACUCAGGGGGGGGGGGGAUGCAGAAUUUACAUAUUUUAGUCGGCCACUUUCUUAAAAUGGCUGCUGGACGAGUAUAAUGUGGUGUUUGGUAUUCAGUUCUAGGGAUUGAGAAAUAGGGAAAUACGCGUCAAUAUACUUUUACAUCUUGCAGAUGUAUAAUGGACAUAAUUCUGGUAAAGACACGAUUCAUCGUCAAGAAAUCAAAGGAAAAGAAAAGCUAGGAUGGUGGCCAUUGACUGUUGGCGUAGUCUAGGAUUGUGGAAAGAGAAUAAAUUACCUGGACAAUUGCUCGUUCAGCAGUUUUCAUGUCAUUUUUAUUUUUUAUUUUCUUCUAUUUAUUUUUCCGCUAGAUCCAUUACUUGUUAUUUUUUCUCAAACCCUGUGAUUGGGAUCUUCUUCCUCACAUGAAUUGGCCUGAGAAAUCAUCUCUAACAGCUGGAUUUUGCUACCAAAUGAGAUAUCCUCUCUCCCCUGGAAAGAGUAUUUCAAUGCUACAACCUUACUGAGAUGUCCCAUUCGUCGAUAAACCUAUUGAACCAAGCCUUUUGAUUCCCCACAAUCGAUCUUCGUCACUUCCACAUUUUCUCUACGAGCCUCGUUCAAGUAAAACCGGUUCAGCACAUUUAGAUGCUCAGUAGUUUCCUUUCCCUUUGUUUCUCUUCAGCUCAGUAGUUUUUUUUUUUUCAUUAUUUGUCUACGAAUCUUGCCAUUGAAACUAUGCCCUUUGAUGCCCACUGAAGCAGCAGAUUUUUUGUUAAUGUCCGUUCAAUCAUUCUCCCUGAUCUUCUCAUUUUCUCCAUGGACCUUGCUCAAAUGGUUUCAUUGGCGCAGCUAUACACAAGGAACUCGUCCAAAAGCUGGGAGAGAGCCGGACUCGGGUUAGAGCAGAGCACUGAGCUGACAAUUAAAGAACCUUCCGCCUUCUCCAUCCUGUUAGAUUAUAUUUCCUCCGAGAAAUGGCAAGAGAUUGUGGACUUUGACGAUCAUCUCGACGACAUCAGCAAGUAGGCUUCCCAUUAACGUCCCCUCUCAUUCAACCCGCCAAGGACAUCAUCAGAUCAUAACAAGUUCUUUGACGAUGUUUUCUGCAGGGACUGGUUGAACUCCAACCUUUUCAAGUAG